UCGCGCUGGGCGGGGGACGCCGCGUCGGCGCCGCGCUGCGGCCAAUCGCGUGCGCCACCCGUGCCGCGUCACAGGCCGAACAACCGCACGGAAAAGUUUGAUAAACAGCGGACGGAGGACCGGCGGCGGCGGGGCCGGAGCGAGCUGGGGUUCGGCGGCCUCACCUGUGCCCACUCACCGGCGGCGACCGGCGGCGGCGGGCGGCGCGUUAGGCGGAGGGAGCCGCCGCCAGGAAUGAAUCUGAAGUCUGCUGCAGUAAAACACUGAAGGCUUUAAAAUGUUUUCUUGCAUAAAACUCAAACUUUAAGUAGCUGCUUAUGAGGAUAGGGAAGGCAGGAAGCUAAUGUCUGUCUCAAGACACAGGACAGCUGUUUGCUCGUCAACCUCAACUGUGUGUGCAACAGAGGAACAUGGCUCAAGAAACUAAUCACAGCCAAGUGCCUAUGCUUUGUUCCACUGGCUGCGGAUUUUAUGGAAACCCUCGUACAAAUGGCAUGUGUUCAGUAUGCUAUAAAGAACAUCUUCAAAGACAGAAUAGUAGUAAUGGUAGAAUAAGCCCACCUGAUAAGGUCCUAGACUGCCCUGGGUAUAGAGUCACUAAUAUGAACUGUGGUCCUGUUGCAGCGACUUCUGUCGGUAGUCUGUCUGAGUCUCUACCAGGUCAGGGCCCAGAGGGCAGCGUCCCGGAAGCUCAGUCCCCGUUGGACUCUGCGUCCUCAUCGCUGCAGCCAAGCCCUGUAUCAAAUCAGUCACUUUUAUCAGAAUCUGUAGCAUCUUCCCAAGGGGACAGUACAUCUGUGGACAAAGCAGUACCUGAAACAGAAGAUCUGCAAGCUUCAGUAUCCGACACAGCACAGCAACCAUCUGAAGAGCAAAGCAAGUCUCUUGAAAAACCAAAACAAAAAAAGAAUCGCUGUUUCAUGUGCAGGAAGAAGGUGGGACUUACUGGGUUUGAAUGCCGGUGUGGAAAUGUUUACUGUGGUGUGCACCGUUACUCAGACGUACACAAUUGCUCUUACAAUUACAAAGCUGAUGCUGCUGAGAAAAUCAGAAAAGAAAAUCCAGUAGUUGUUGGUGAAAAGAUCCAGAAGAUUUGAACUCCUGCUGGAAUACAAAAUCCUUUGACCAUCUGCAAACUAAAAAUUGACUUGACUUUUUUUUCCUAGUCAUUGGGAAUGUAGAGCAAUGUAUCUUGCAUAGACCUUUUAAUCAUGCAUGUCAUCAGAAGAAUAGAUUUUUGUUUUUGUUUUGAAAAUGACUCUGAACAUUUAUUUCCAUUGCAGUUUCUGUGGCUGAAAAGACUUAAACUUUACAAGUAUUAUCCUUUUAAGAUCAUUUUAAUUUUAGUUGAGUGCAGAGGGCUUUUAUAACAAACAUGGAGAAAUUUUGGAGGGCUGUGAUUUUUCCAGUAUUAAACAUGCAUGCAUUAAUCUUGCAGUUUAUUUUCUCAUUGUGUGUAUAUAUAGCUUUUCUCUGCAGCACGAUUUCUCUUUUGGUAGUGCCCUGUAGGGCACAACUAGUUCCCAGUAACUGAAUGUAUCUCAGUCAUUACGGCUGCUUCUGUUUUUCAUUAACAAAGGUUAUUCAUAUGUUAGCACAUAGUUUCUUUGCACCCACUAUUUAUGUCUGAAUCAUUUGUCACAGGAGAGUGUGUGCUGAUGAGAUUCUAAGUUUGUGUGUUUUAAUUUUUUUUUUUUCUUUGAGCAAGGGAAGAAAAAGCUGCAUGCAUUUCAUUGCUGACUGCCGGUUUCUUCCAGAUUUAUGCUCACGAGUCUGUGUGUAUACGAUAUGAAGAAUGAUCUGAAGUAAUUGUGCUGUAUUUAUGUUUAUCCACGAGUCUUUGAUUAAAUAAAAAGGAAAACCAGAA